GUUGAGGCUGAGAAUCCGACGAAGAAGAAUCCACAGUGUUAUUGGCUGGUGUAGUUGUUGGUUGUUGGUAGUUUGUUGUUUAAUGUUCAUAUUUCAGAGGAUGUUGCCACAGACUCACCUGUCGAGCGGAACCAUUCAGUGAUGGGUCCCAGGAGGAAGGCGUCCAAACUCCAGUCACCUAUUGGUGGCACUGUUGGAGGGGAGGUGUCUCUGAGAGCAAGCGAGCUCAAAGAUUACAUCAAUGAGCUGUCACAUGAAGUCCUUUGCCACAUCUUCAGGUACCUGCCCCUGAAGGACAUCCUGUGUAUGGAGAGUUUGUCCAGGAAGCUGAGGGAGGCAGUCACUCUUUACCUGAGAGUGCUGAAGGUGGUCGACCUGUGUGCAGGACGAUGGUGGGAGUACAUGCCCGCAGGUUUCACAGAUAGCAGCUUCCUACUCCUCCUGAGGAAGAUGCCAGACUUGGAGCAGCUGUACGGACUCCACCCUCGAUACCUGGAGAGGAGGCGGGUGCGGGGAUAUGAGGCCUUCAGCAUCCCCGGAGUGCUUGAGGCUUUGCAGACCUGUCCUAACCUCCUGGGUGUGGAGACGUCUCACUUGGAGCUGGUGGAGGCCAUAUGGAACUACAUGCCUCAGGUCCACAUCCUGGGAAAGUUCCGGAAUCGAAAUGGAGCAUUUCCAAUUCCUGCUGAGAACAAACUGACCAUCCCCACCACGGCCAAAAUACAGACUCUGCAUCUAGUGGGAGUGAAUGUGCCGGAGAUCCCUUGUGUGUCCAUGCUGCGUCACCUCUACCUGAAAUGGGUGCGUCUGACGAAGCCUCAGCCAUUUAAGGACUUCCUGUGCGUGAGCCUGAGGACAUUUGUGAUGAGGAACUGUGCAGGGCCCACCAAUUCUCUGAAGUACGUCCCGCUGGUCACUGGCCUCGCCUCUGCACGCAACCUGGAGCAGCUGGAGCUGGUGAGGGUGCCGUUCCUGGGCGGUCUGAUCCAACACGUUGUGGAGGACAGCUGGAGAUCAGGAGGGUUCAGGAACCUGCACACCAUCGUGUUUGGAGCCUGUAAGAACGCCCUGGAAGUGGACCUGGGAUACCUCAUCAUCACAGCUGCUCGCAGGCUUCAUGAGCUGAGGAUUCAGCCUUCACUCACUAAAGACGGAGUCUUCUCUGCUCUCAAGAUGGCUGAACUUGAGUUUCCUCAGUUUGAGACUCUUCAUCUGGGAUACGUGGAUGAGUUCCUGCUACAGUGUAAGAUGAGCCAUUCUGAGCUUGUAAAGUAUGGUCUGGCUGAUGUCAUUGAAAACCCGGGGAUCAUCACCGACAUCGGCAUCAAGGUGGUGAAUGAGGUGUUCACCAAUAUCAAAUACCUGCACAUCUACAACUGCCCUCAUCUGCACAACCCUCACCACUGGAUCACAGAUCAGUCAAGGUGGAGUCGACUUGUUGACCUCACACUGGUUCGCUGUCAUGCCAUCAAACUGGAAUCUUUCUCACAGUUCAUUGAGUUACUGCCCAGCCUGGAGUUCAUCUGUCUUGAUCAGAUGUUCAGAGAACCACCAAAGGGCUGUGCUAGAGUUGGUCUGAGUGCAGGUACAGGCAUCGGUGUAUCCUCAGCUCUGGUUAGCAAUCAAAACUCUAACAAUGACAACGACAACAACAACAACAACCAUCAUCACAAUGAAGCCAACCUCCCUCCUGCUGCUCCGCCUGUCGUCAACAACAACAACGUCAACAAUAACAACCAGAGACAGCAGCAGCAUGCAGCAGUGGAAGUGAAUGGGAUGGAGGAGGACGAGGAGGAGGAAGAGGAGGAGGAGGUGAUGUUGGAGGAGGAGAACAUGGAAGUGGAGCCUCAGAGAGGAGCUGACCAGGAGGAGAGACAGGGCACAUCUGACGAGUCUCCAGGUCCGAGUCGCCCAGUUGAAACACCACGACCUGUAGACGAAGAGCGAGCAGGUCCAAGUGGUCUGGUCCAGCAGAGCAGACCGCCUCCUGACUCUGCCCACAAACCACCUCUCGCUAUCUCAGACUCAGACAGUGAGGAGGAGGAGGGGCUUGUUUCACGGCUGAUGCCAACUUCAUGUUUGCAGCAGCCCACCUGCACAGAAGGUAAAGGAAAGACCCCCCUGCGGCGGAGCACCACUGUAUCAACACCGGAACCUGAACCGGGGACUCAGGCAGCUGUGACGGCUCAGGGUGGGACCCACGCAGUGGUACCGGUUCAGGGCGGUGCUCAGGUCGCGGCAUUGACUCAGGGUGGGGAUCGUGUUGGAUCUCAGGUAUGCAGCAGCUGUGAGAAGAGCUGCCAGGUGAGCAGUGAGCAAAUCAAAGCAGACCUAAAGGCUGCAGGUGAGACCAGCAGGAGGUCCAGCAGUAAGGGGGUCAGUACUGAGCCUGCAGAGCCCCCCAACAGGCCUGGGGCUGACCCUGGGCCAGCUCGGGGAACUGGGAGUUCAGGGACAGCAGCUAGGACUGCACUGAGACCCAGUUAUGGGUCUGUGGGGGGAUCAGGGAGGGCGGGGACUACUACAGACCGGUAUACAGGAACUAGGACUACAGAGGGAUCAGAGCGCCGCCCUGCUGCUGCAGCAGGAACUCCUGAACCCAGAGGGGUGCCCCGGAGACCCAGUGAAAGACCUGGUGCUGGACCAGGACUACAGCAGGGACCACACAGAGAUCAGGACUUUGUUCCCAGAAGACCCCUUACCCGAUCCUGCAGCAGAAUGUCGUCUGUGAGUCUGCUGCCUGACACAGAUGUGUGCAGGUCCAGGCCUCGAGUGUCAGUGAGGAGGAAACGAAUGUCUGACAAAUCGACAAGCACGUCAGACCCCGUUACUGAGGAUGACCAUGUACAGGUUCUGUCCUUGAAGAGCAAGAACCUGGUGGGCAUCACGCUGACCAACUGUGGGAUCACUGACCUCGUCCUCAGAGACUGUCCCAAGAUGAUGUUCAUCCAUGCCACCAGGUGUCGUGUGUUAAAGCAGCUGAAGGUAGACUCCGCCCCCAUCGUGAAUAGGUUCGACUAUGCUCAGUGUAAGAAGCUGGACAUGGAGCAGGUCCUGGAUCAGAUCCUGAGGAUGCCUCCAGAGAGGAACCGCAUCAUCUACAUGCGCCCAAUGCACCAGGUGGACUCGGUCGCUCUGGAGCGUCAGCUGUUUCAGGGUCCAUAUCCAUACCACAUCGCUUUGGUUCAUGAGUUCAGUAAUCCUCCAAACAUCAGGAACAAAGUCCGAAUCCGCAGCUGGAUGGACACCAUAGCCAACAUCAGCCAGGAGCUGAUCAAAUACGAGUUUUUCCCAGAAGCCACCAGGACCGAGGAAGAUAUCAAACAGUAUCCGCGAUACCCCUGGGGCAGGGACAUCUACACACUGGAGGGAGUGGUGGACGGGGCCCCAUACAGCAUGAUCACAGAUUUCCCCUGGCUGAGGACUCUGAGAGCUGCUGAGCCCAACAGCUACGCCCGCUACGACUUUGAGGAUGAUGAAAGCACCACCAUCUAUGCUCCGCGACGUAAAGGUCAGCUGUCAGCUGAUAUCUGUAUGGAGACAAUUGGCGAGGAGAUCUCAGAGCGCCGGCAGAGUAAGAGAGGAGUCUUUCAGAGGGUAGUGGUGCUCUUCCUCCAUCACUGUGACACACCAGGAGAGCCUGUGGAUGAUGACUACAUCUAAUUUAAUCAAUACAUACAUCAAUCAAUACAUCGGUACAUUCAUACUAGUCCUUUAUGUGAUGCCAGGUGAGGCUGUGGACAGCGACUAUGUUUAACAGUAGUCACAUAUAGGAUAAAGAAUGGGAAAGGAUAGCAGUUUACGACAGCCACAGUGUUUCAAGUGUCCUUCAUGAAGAAGGGAGGAGCUAAACUGUGACAUUAUCACCAUAGCUACUUUUGAGUAUGGACGUUGUGAUGAAUCAAUGGACAGUCAGCUGAUCAUUUAUUGAGGUGACCACUCGCUUUGUCCUUAAGUUUCUCUGAAUGUUUUUCUGAUUGGAUUAUUGAUUUCUGAUUAUUGAGUUCAUGUAGGAGCAUUUCCAUAUGUGGCACCAGCUUGACUAGGCUUGGUACUGGCAUUUUCCCUCCCAGCAUAACUUAGAUAGAACCUCCACAAUGUAGGCAAUGUCAUGGUGCAACUGCGUGAAACUGCCAUGGUGUCCAACACAACAUCAAUGGAGGACAUGAAGGUGAUAGUUUACCUGGUUCUCAGUCUGUGCCUUUUAGUAAAAGCAAGGACACAAGUUCUGUUCCUAACAGCGAGAAGAAGUACUUGAAAAGUACAGCAGAGUUUGGGAAAUCAUACAGCUGUAUGACGAGAGAGGUUUGAUUCCCAUGUCAGACAUCCGACUUGUGAGGCUCCUGGUGGUAAUACUUUCUGACCAAUUGGCAGUCAGUGGUGUCAUGCAGCUCAGCUCACUUGGAUCCUCCCAUAGGUGGUACCAGGUGCAAGCCAGGUACGAUCCCUGAUUGGAAAUAAAAAACAGCGAGUUGUGUCUUGAUGAGUCAAGCCAGUACCACACAGUGGAAAAGCACCAAAAGUUUCUGAUUCACAGCGAGAUUACUGAAGACCUGGACUGGAUUAUUUACCUGAGAUCAGAUGAUUGAUGCAGAUUGAUCAAUCAGUGAAUGUUGAGUUGAGGCUAAGUAAACUGAUGUAUUUUUGAGAGGAUGUGAUGGAUGGUUGAACCCUUCCUGUUUAUAUGUUUAUAAAAAAAUAUUUCACAAACUGAAAAUAAAAAAAAAAACUGAAAUCA